CAAGAUGUAACAUGUUAGACUGAAGUUAGCGGUGUUUGUGACCAAGUAGAGUGAAUUUUAACCGAAUAUUCUCAAUACAAAGAGCGCUGUAUUGCGUAUUACACAUUGAAGAUGAGUCUCAGUGAAAAAGAAAAGGACCCUGCUGCAAUGAAGGAGGAGGGGAACACGCUUUUCAAGGCAGGAGACAUGCAGGGUGCUAUCUGCUGUUACACCAAAGCAUUGAAGCUGAGUGACAGCAAAGCAGAGAGUGCUGUUCUCUACCGCAACCGCUCUGCCUGCUACCUGAAACAGGAGGAGUACAACAAGGCAGAGGCUGACGCUUCAAAAGCUCUUGAUACUGACCCAGGUGAUGUGAAAGCCAGAUUCCGGAGAGCUCAGGCUUUCCAGAAACUCGGUCGGCUCGAUCAGGCGUUUCUGGAUGCUCAGAGGUGUUCCCAGCUGGAGCCCAAAAAUAAAGCCUUCCAGGAUCUGCUCAGACAGCUGGGAGCACAGAUCCAACAGAAGUCGGUGCAAUUAAACUCCACAGAUGCUCGUGUGCAGCAAAUGUUCUCUCUGCUUGUAGACCCAUCUGCAAAUGACUUGGAUCGGCAAAAGGCUGCUCAGAAUCUAGUGGUAUUAUCUCGAGAAGACGCAGGAGCUGAGCAGAUCUUCCGUAAUGAUGGUGUGAAGCUGAUUCAGAAACUUCUUCAAUCCAAGCAGGAGGAUAUUGUCCUUUCUGCCCUGAGGACCCUGGUUGGAUUGUGCACAGGGCAUCAGUCCAGAACUAUGGCUAUUGUGAAUGAGCUGGGAAUGGAGCAGCUGUGUGCAGUAAUGGGAUCAGGAGCCUCCACUGUGUCUCUGGCUGCCUGCCACCUGCUGCAGGUGAUGUUUGAGGCUCUGACAGAGGGCAUGAAAAGAGAGAUCAGAGGGAAAGAUGAAGCCAUACUUCCUGAACCCUCCAAGGAGCUACGUUCAAUGCUGCGGCACCUCUUGGAAAUGAUGCCAGCAUCUAAUGUGUCAGGGCCAGGCAGAGACGGCGCCAUCAACCUCCUGGUCAAACAAGUUCCUCGCAAGUCUUUGAAAGACCCAGAUAACUCCAUCACGUUAUGGGUGAUAGACCAGGGACUUAAGAAAAUCCUGGAGGUGGCCGGGACAGUCGCAGAGCUCUCAGAAGGACCUCCUCUUACAGACAACUCCCACAUGAGCUGCUCUGUCUUGCUUAGCAAACUCUACGACGACCUUAAGAGCGACAAUGAAAGGGAGAACUUCAUUAAGCUAUGUGAAGAAUAUGUACAGCAAUAUUUCAGCCGAUCUGGCCUGGAUGCCAAGCUAAGAGCCAUCCAGACGGUAUCGGUGCUCCUCCAAGGACCAAGCGAUGUCGGUAACAGAACUCUGGAGAUGUCAGGAAUGAUGGAUGCGGUCAUCUCUCUGUGUGCCUCCGAAGAUGUAACUCACCAGCAGGUAGCGGUGGAGACACUUAUCCAUGCGGCAGGCAAGGCCAAGAGAGCCUCCUUCAUCACAGCCAACGGCGUGGCACUUCUGAAGGACCUCUACAAGAAGAGCGAGAAUGACAGGAUACGUGUGAGAGCUUUGGUGGGCUUGUGCAAGCUGGGAUCAGCAGGAGGGACAGACUUCAGCAUGAAGCAGUUUGCUGAGGGAUCCACGCUAAAGCUUGCCAGGCAGUGCAGGAAGUGGCUGUGUAAUGAGUCUCUGCCCCAAACCUCCCGCCGGUGGUCUGUGGAAGGCCUCGCCUACCUCACUUUUGAUGCUGAUGUGAAAGAGGACUUAGUGGAGGACAAGAACGCUCUCCUGGCCAUGUUUGAACUAGCAAAGUCCGAGGAUAAGACGGUGCUCUUUGCUGUGGGCUCCACAUUAGUGAAUUGCACCAACAGUUAUGAGGUGGAGAAGCCAGACCCUCAGAUGGUGGAGCUGGCAAAAUAUGCAAAACAGCAUGUGCCAGAGGAGCACCCUAAGGAUGCACCUUCCUUUGUGGAGAAGAGACUGGUGAAGCUGCUGGAGGCUGGUGUGGUGUCUGCGUUGGUGUGUAUGGUCAAACAGGAGAGUCCUGCCCUCACUGAGGCUUGUAGGGAAUGUAUCGCCAGGGUCUUCUUGGCUUUGGUGGAGCGACAGGAAGACAGAGGCACAGUGGUGGCACAGGGUGGAGGAAAGGCUUUGAUCCCGAUGGCAUCUGACAACACAGAUGUGGGUAAAAUCAAAGCUGCACAAGCGCUGGCAAAAAUAACCAUCACAUCAAACCCAGAGAUUGCCUUCCCAGGAGAAAGGAUCUAUGAGAUGGUGCGCCCCCUUGUCAGUCUUCUGAGUCUUGAAUGCACCCUGCUACAGAACUUCGAAGCGCUCAUGGCUCUCACCAACCUGGCCGGCAUCAGUGAUAGACUCAGACAAAAGAUCAUAAAGGAGAAGGCGGUCCCAAAAAUUGAAGGCUACAUGUUUGAGGAGCAUGACCUGGUCCGAGCUUCUGCCACAGAGUGCAUGUGUAAUCUGGUUUUAAGCACUGAGGUGCAGAAGAUGUAUGUGGCCACAGGGAAUGAUCGCCUGAAGCUGCUUGUGCUCUACAGUGGAGAGGAGGAUGAGAGACUGCGGAAAGCUGCUGCAGGAACACUGGCUAUGUUGACGGCUGAGCAGCCUGAGAUCUGCGCCCGCAUCCCUGGAACAACAACCCAUUGGUUAGAGAUCAUACAGUCGCUAUUGCUCUGUGAAAUAAAAGACCUGCGCCACCGUGGAGUGGUCAUAGUCCAGAACAUGAUGCAGGCGGAGAAGAGUCUGGCUGAGACGCUCAUGGAGAGUGAGGCUCUGGAGAUCCUUUCUGUCUUGGCUAAGGGAGGAGAGGGUAUGCCGGAGCCUGUUUCUAAAAUAGCUCAAAACUGUCUGGACAAGGCUGUGGAGUAUGGCAUCAUCAUGAACAGGGAAGGGAGGGAAAAGGACAAAGGAAGUGAACCCUGAAAACACAUGUGCCUUCUGGCAGCGUUAAAGUGCUUCAAGUGUUAAGUGGGACCAGUGAA